GAACUGAACAGAAAGAAACACGACAAGAUGAACGAACACCAAGAACAGGCUCAACUGGAAUACCAACAACAGCAGUACUACCAACAACAACAACAACUAUACUACCACCAGCUACAAUACUACUACCAACAACAACAACUAUCCCCAAUCUACCACUACCAGCCAAACUACUACCAACAACAACAACAACAACAGUAUGACCUACCCCCAUACUCAACUGGAUUUUAUCAUCAACAGCAACAAGAGAAUAUUGAGCCAUUCUAUUACGACCAAGAACCACUACUCCCUCAACAGGAGUUCAAUCAACUCUCUCAACUAUCAACAAUCCCAGAGUACCAAUACUCGAGCCAGGCAAGACAGGUACUAGGGACCAGCCCAGAGGAUAAAACUCUCCAUCCACUCGAGAUCAGAAGAUGCUUCAACUGUGGAGACCCCAGCCACACCCUACUAGGCUGUCCAUCCCAACGCAACCAGUCUCUCAUCAAACUCACAAAGCAAAUCUUCCAGGCCCACAACGAACACAACAACAAUCUGAAUCAUCAUCAUCAUCAUCAUGGCGAUGAGUUCGAGGGCAGACUGAAGGAUUUCCACUCUGAAGAAGAAUCAGGGAAACAAUCCCUCGAACGCCGGAGAACUCUCGCCGCUAGCUUCCGGCCCGGCAAGACCUCAGCACCGCUCAGAGAGGCCCUCUUCUGGGAUCCUUCUCGUGCGCUCCCCGACGAUAAUCAUCUGGACCCUUUCCGGCCGAUGCCAUGGUUUCAAGCCAUGGAGAAAUGGGGUUAUCCGCCGGGUUACGCAAUCCCCUUGAACGCCCAACACAAUCCAUUCAAACGGAUUCUCGCUAGGAUAGAAGACUCGAGUAAAGAUCACGCCUGGGAAUCGACGGAAAUUCUAGAGAUGCAUCGAGGACGAUCGCCGAGAGCAGAGGAUAGUAGCGAUGAUGAUGAUGAGGAGGAAAAAGAAGAGAUCCUCAGACUACUUGUCCCGGGUUAUCCGGCACUCCGUCCCCCACCCCCACCCCCAGCAGCAGCAGAAGGUCCUCCUCUGGAUAAUCCCUCCUUCCUCGACCCCAAGCUCCUGCCCCCACUCCCGCCAGACAGUCCUCCCCCUCCCCCUCCCCCUCCUUCUACUCUACCGCCAACAGAUCAUCAACCGGCUAUCCCCCUCAAACGGCUCGUCAAAUAUCGCGGCGGCAACUUCUCCAGCGACCGCUUGCCAGUCUAUAACGGACAGAUGAUCUCCACCCAGGCCUAUCUCGACUUCCAUUCCGGUCAUCCCUUCUCGUCCUUCAGACUUCCUCAUCAGCAGCAUCAGCAUCAGCAUCAGCAUCAGCAUCAGCACGCCAAAUGGAAAAACGGCACCCGCAAGAAUAGUCUGUUUAACCAACAACAACAAUCUUAUCAGCAGUUUGUUCAGCAGGACUCCCAUUCGGGCCAGCCCAGUCUAUCUACCAACUCGUCAGACUCGCCCAGCUCAUCGACCGUCUCCUCCCCGAUCUCCUGCCAGCCCAACCAUUCUCCCGACUCGACUACUCAGGAACUCGCCGUCGUCCCUUCAAUCGCUCACAGAAUCACGAACAAUAAGAAGCUUGACGCCGCCAAUCAUCCUGGUACUUAUAAGCCGACUAAGAACCCUAGUAAGAUCAUCAAGCAGAGGUGGAAAGACGCCGCUCUUACCUUCGCUGCUGCUCAACUCAACCAUCCUCAUCACCAUCGACACUCUCCAUCGCCUACUGUCGUCCCUCCUCCUCCCCCUCUUCCUCAUGAUCUUGAUCUUCCUGAAAGGCUUAGAAGGAAAGAGUUCGGACACAAGAAAAAAACCGGCGGCUCGGGCGGUACUAGUAAAGCGAAAUACUACGUCGACAACGAUCAGCCUUCUCCCUCCGCUCUUCACCAUCACCAUCCUUCUUCUUCGUUCAAUCGUCACAAUCUUAAUGUCGCGCUGGAUUAUGGCGACGAUGGCGAGGAUGGUCUAGGUGGCGAGCCUUCGAAUGCACUCCUUCAAGAUCAAGAUCAAGACCAUCAUCAAGAAGAAGAAGAAGAAGAUAAUGAUGAUCCAGAUGAUGAUGAUGAUGAUGAUGAUGACCAACGACGCCGAUACCGAUCUACACUUCCUUCGCCAUCCUCCCGCUCCUCGUCCACCCACCACCCUCCAUCUACACAUCCUCAUCCCCACCAUCGAGACCAAUCAGGAGCCGGCCAUGAACCCCACCGUCAUCCGUCCACGAACCUUCGCAAACGGCUGCGCAGCGCUAACUUCCAUCUCCUCAGACACUCUAAACACCCUCCCCCGUCGCUCAAACAUCAUCCCAAUCAUCAACUUCACUCGGGCUCCCAGAUGCCAAUUCAUCCGCCCGGGCUUCGCGCUCCGGCCGGCGGAAGGAGGAGGAAGAAACGCAAGCUUCUCAUUCAGUCUUGACUCCUCCUUGCUUUCUCUCUUGGGUUAUAUUCCCCCGUUUUUUGGUUUGGCAGUUGGAUUAUCGUGGUGGGGGAUCUCCUCUUCUUCUUUCUUUCUCUCUAUCUGGUCACCAAGAUCGAUUCAUUCUUUUGUUUUUUUUUUUUUAAAAAAAGGCAUCUUUCCUUUUUCCCUUGAUUUCUUUGAUAAAUCUCGUGUGGUCUCAGUCUUCUCUCUCUCUCUUAUCUCCAACCUCCCACUUCUUUUUUUCUUUUUUUUUAAAAAAAUGGUGUGAGUAGAUUCCAAAGCAUUUUUUUUGUUUGUUUUUUUUGGUUUGUUAUGAUUGUUGUAUUUCUUUCUUUUUUUUUUGGUUAGCAGGUGGAAGGGAGAUGGGGGGGAGGUGGAAAGGAAGGAUGUGUUGGAUAGUAGGUGGAGAAGAAGAAGAAGAAGAAUAAGAGGACUAGUAACCCACAAAAGCAGUAAAAAAAAGCCCCGCAAACACAGGAUUCCAAAGCUCACUCCAUAAAGAAAGAUGGGA